AUGAUGCGCGACAUUGAAGGCAGCCGCUGGUGCCUCUCUACUCGUUUUUUGCUACUUUUACUAGGAUUGUGGAUUUCCUCUUCCUUGUUAUUAUACGUUCUAACGUGGUCAAUAAUAAAAGGAGAGUAUUCAAGUUUUUUUUUUUACGAUCUGUCGCCAUCACUCCACCGUGUUCUCGCUGUUUUUCGAAUGAAACACUACGUUCACUGCAAAAGCAUUGCACCAGCAGCAGCAGCACGAUCUUCUCUACUUCCUUUUUUUCCUUUUUUGUUUUCUCCCUGUUUCCUUCGAAGGCUCUUCAUGCACUUACUGUUGCUGGGGGAGUUGGCGUGGUCCCCGCUCUCUGUUCUCCGUUCUUUUCUGUGUGGAAAGACGCGUAAUGGCUUUGUUUCCUUCGUUGGGUGA